UCUUUGUUAUGAAGCAAGUUCAGUCCAGUGCAAAAUGUUUCCCGGGAAAGCCACGCUUUUACUGCUGUUUGUAGCAGCUUCGACAGUCCAGGGCGGGCUGCUGGAUCUCUUCAACACCACCUCGGAUAACAACCUGGCCCAGGUCAUGGACACCAUCUUCGAGAUGUCACGGAACGAGUUUGGCAGUUUGAUCGACGGCAGAAGCAACAUUCCGGUGGAGGUUGAGGUUACGUUUUGGUGCGGAAAUGGUGCAUCUCCGACUCUGAAGCAAACCUAUCUGUACGAUCAGGACUUGGCCAGCAAGGUGGACGUUUCCAAGCCGAUAGUGAUCAUCACUCACGGCUGGACGGACAACGUCAACAAGACCUGGGUUCAGGAGACGGCUAAGAACGUGAUCAAGUACCAGGGUUCGAACGUGUGCGCGGUGGACUGGAAUCACUUGGCCAAGUAUCGUUACUACGUCUCGGCGAUUGAGAAUGUUCCCAAGGUGUCGGGAUAUGUGACGCUUUUUGUCGCAUUCUUGAGAGAUUCCGGAAUCCCGCUGGACAGGGUCACCCUGGUUGGCCAUAGCUUGGGUGCGCAGAUCAGUGGCCAGGUAGGGUACAACUAUCGUGGACAAAUCGGUGCCAUCUUCGGGCUGGAUCCAGCUGGACCUCUGUUUACCGCCCCAACGGAUCGUGGCCUGGCAUACCGCCUGGACGCCAGUGAUGCCAAAUAUGUUCAGAUGAUUCUAACCUCGCGUGGUCAAUGCGGAGUCAUGACCGGCGAUGGCCACGAGAACUUUUACCCGAACGGAGGAUUCUCGCCGCAGACAAACUGUAUCGUGCCGUUGACCAGUGAUGCCGAAUUUGCCGAUCAAUCCGUUUGCAGUCAUUUGCAUGCCACAGAGUUGUUCAAAUUCUCGCUGGUUCCAACAAUUGUUUUCAAAUCAACCAAGUGCGAUGAUUUGGUGUCAUAUUUAGGAAAUUUGUGUAUUUUAAAUCGUACCAACAGACUUGGAGCAGCCAGCGAUCGAUCUGGAGGAAACUUUUAUCUGAUAACGUCACCAUUUUCUCCGUAUAAUGUAUGAAAAUCUUCUGUAAACAAAUAAAUAUUGAAACAAAAA